CGGGCGCUGCUGGCCAUCAAGGCACUGAGGGACCGCUAUGAAGAAGAGACGCUGAGCUGGAGGCCGCGCAACUGCUCGUUCCGCCGGAGGAGGGACCCCCCGCGGCCUUCCUCCCGUGCGCUGCUCCGCCAGGUGGCCCGCGGCCUCGCCGACGCCCAAGACGUGCUGAGCAGCCUGCCGAGCCCUGAGCUGUUCCCCGGCGUCGGCCCGACCCUGGAGCUGCUGGCGGCCGUGGGGCGGGACGUGGCGGCCUGCCUCGAGCUGGUCCGGCCAGGCUCCCGGAGGAAGUCCCUGAGGAGGCCCAAGAGGCGUCCCCAAACUCGCACAGCUGGCUCGCCUCGGUGCCACGAAGCCACCGUCAUCUUCAACCUCCUGCGCCUGCUGGCGUGGGACCUGCGGCUGGUGGCGCACUCGGGUCCUUGUCUGUGA